CGAGCUUGGCAAGUGCACCCCCCCGAAGCUGGAGCUACGCUGUCCCACGAGCAGACGAUUUCAGCACCUAUUUCAGCACAGGACAGAAUCCUGCACCGUCUCAUGGCAACAUGGCGACUGAGUUCCAUAACCUUCAGGAGUUGAGGCAGAGUCCGUCUCUAGCCACCAAGGUGUUCAUCCAGAGAGACUACAGCGAAGGAACCGUCUGCCGAUUUCAGAUCAAGUUCCCCUCCGAGCUGGGCAGCAGGAUCGAGCGGACUCUGUUUGAGGACACAGUAAAGACAUUGAACACCUACUAUGCAGAGGCAGAGAAGGUCGGAGGCCAGUCCUACAUGGAGGGAUGUCUGGCGUGCGCUACAGCCUACUUCAUCUUCUUCUGUAUGGAGACACGCUAUGAAAAGGUAUUGAAGAAGAUCUCAGGGUAUAUCCAGGAACAGAAUGAGAAGAUCUACGCUCCCAGAGGUCUGCUACUGACCGAUCCUGUUGAGAGAGGCAUGAGAGUCAUCGAGGUGAGUGUGUUUGAAGACCGCGGUUCGAGCGGCUCUAGCCCCAGCAGCAAUGUGUCGUCUGGAAUCAGCCAGCGGUGACUGGAGGAACAGCACCAGGGAUAUGGGUACCAACAACACCACCACCACCACAGAGGCAGCGGAUCCCUCACCAACAUCCGCAUGCUGAAACAUGAGAGCACACGCUUCUGAAUAUAGAUGUAUAUGUAAUCAAUAUACUAUCUCUAGUUAUGAGUAUAGAUGUGUAUGUAAUCAAAAUACCAUCUAUUGUUCUGAGUAUAGAUGUGUAUGUGAUACAGGAAAUAGAUAUUGAAUGUAUAUACUAUCUAUAGUUCUGAGUCAGGAAGGAAGGAGAGAGAGAAAGGCCAGGAUUUGUAGGCUACUCUCAACAGGAAACUGAAGUACCAGGAGGCCAGGAGCUGACACAUGCAAUGAUAUAAUGUUCAAGCAGGCACACACCAAGUCAAACACUCUAAACACACAUCUUUGAAUAUCUGACAGUAUGCUUACACUCAUAUUUCUGCACACUUUCCCAACCAUCUACUCCUUUACCCAUGACCAUUCUACUUUUUCACCAUUCCCUGUGUUUCCAUGAGUUUAAUUAUGAUCAUUAUGCCAUAGCCAAUACAUCACUGUCAUCCUCAGUUGCGCUCAACAUUCAAUCAUGAGCAGCAAGAAACAAUUGUUAUCACUAGGAUUGACUAUUUUGAAGCAACAUUAUAACUACAGCAGUAGUAUAACUCACAUUGAAUGCUGGCAACUUACUGGUAAUCUUCUGGAAAAAACGCUUCAUUUCAGGCAGUGCGAGAACGAGGUCAGUACAUUGUGAAUGUUGACAUGUCCUGCCCUGUUCUAUUUGGACCUACUGCUUCAGCUUUCAGUGUGUUUCUGAAGGACUGCUAGUUAUUCUUGGUAAUAUUACAUGUAUCUGUCUGGGACUUCAAACUGAAACACCUUGGAUUUUUCAUCAAUGCUCAUUCAGAGCAUUGGGUGCUGAUGAUUCACAUCGCAGCUGAAGGUUACACUCACACAUGCAGCCGCAUGUGCAAAACACACAGACUCAUACACUCAGGCGCAUAUGCAAACAUACACUCACGCACACACACAUGCACACACAGGCAAAUGCGCAAACACACACACACACACACCUGUGGCCACUGGCCUUGGGUUCCUGCAUACAAUAUCCUGGCAGCCACAUAUCCAUGUGGUCUCAGGUCACACAUACACACACAUACACACACACAGGCACAUACUGUGCAUUAGGAAAGUAUUCAGAACUUGACUUUUUCCACAUUUUGUUACGUUACAGCCUUAUUCUAAAAUGUUUUUUUUAUUUUUAUUCCUCAUCAAUCUACACACAAUACCACAUAAAGACAAAGCAAAAACAGUUUUUUAGAAAUGUUAGCAAAUGUAUUAAAAAUGAAAAACUGUAAUACCUUAUUGACAAAGUUAUUCAGACCCUUUGCUAUGAGACUCAAAAUUGAGCUCGGGUGCAUCCUGUUUCCAUUGCUCAUCCUUGAGAUGUUUCUACAACUUUAUUGGAGUCCACCUGUGGAAAAUUCUAUUGAUUGGACAUGAUUUGGAAAGGCACACACCUGUCUAUAUAAGGUCCCACAGUUGACAGUGCACGUCAGAGCAAAAACCAAGCCAUGAGGUUGAAGGAAUUAUUCAUAGAGCUCCGAGACAGGAUUGUGUCGAGGCACAGAUCUGCAGAAGGGUACCAAAAAAUGUCUGCAGCAUUGAAGGUCCCCAAGAACACAGUGGCCUCCAUCAUUCUUAAAUGGAAGACGUUUGAAACCACCAACACUCUUCCCAGAGCUGGCCGCCCUGCCAAACUGAGCAAUCGGGGGAGAAGGUCGGUGACCAAGAACUCUAUGGUCACUCUGACAGAACUCCAGAUUCCUCUGUGGAGAUGGGAGAAUCUUCCAGAAGGACAACCAUCGCUGCAGCACUCCACCCACUCCUCAGUAAAAGGCACAUGACAGCCCGCUUGGAAUUUGGCAAAAUGUACCUAAAGACUCUCGGACCUUGAGAAACAAGAUUAUCUGGUCUGAUGAAACCAAGACUGAACCCUUUGGCCUGAAUGCCAAGCGUCACGUCUGGAGGAAACCUGGCACCAUCCCUACGGUGAAGCAUGGUGGUGGCAGCAUCAUGCUGUUUGGAUGUUUUUCAGUGGCAGAAAAUGAGAGACUUGUCAGGAGCAAGGGCAUGAUGAACGGAGCAAAGAACACAGAGAUCGUUGACCUCAGACUGGGGGCGAAGGUUCACCUUUCAACAUGACAACGACCCUAAGCAGCCAAGACAGCGCAG